AAUGUACAUUCGGAAGACUACUACGUCAUUUUAAGGAUUUCCAGGAUUCCCCAUAGUAUAUUUGACAGUCAUUACCCAUGUUGUUAUCCUGAUCGGACGUCCCCAUUUGAUGAGUGGCCUGAUAGAUGACCAAAUGACUCAAGCCUAGGAUUGUUAUAUUCAGUGAAAUGAUAACGGGAAUGGUCAUAGCAAUAUAAGAGAUGGGAUUUAUCAAAAGAGAAUACAUUAUUAUCAACGGAAGGAACUUUUUUAUAAGUGCAGAACAUAUCAUUGUAAGGGAAGGAACAUAGUGUAGGAUAAAGAACUCUUCACUGUACGAGAAGGAAGACACAUGAGGAGAUAUAUAUCAUUAUAAGAGAAGGAACACAUUAUUAUCAUGAUUACAGAUGGAAUGCUACAUUUUAAUGAGAAUGAACACUUCACUAUAAUAAAAGAAGAGAACGAACACUUCACUAUAAGAAAAGACACCUAUAAAAAGAGAGGGAACACACCUUUAUGAGAAUAGAAACACAUCAUUAUAAGAGAAGGAACACAUCAUUAUUAUAAGAUUUUGAGAAUAAAUAUAUCCUUAUAAGAGAAAGAACACACUAUUAUACAGAGAAUGCACACUUUAUAAUAAGAUUGUCAGAAUGGAUACAUCACUUUGGUAUGAGUAUUACCAGGGUGUUGUGUAUCCGUUAGAUCUCUGUUCUCCACCAGCUAUUGGACAACAGAAGAAGAGUGUAGCAUCCUUGACAACCUUGUGUUCUCGUUACAUCAUACAAGACUCUACCAUGACAGCUCAGGCCAUACACUACAUACCGAAAGAGCUUUGUAUUGUAUUGAUGCAAGAAGCAUUGAUAUGUAACAAAGAUCGGGCUGUUGAUGUUUUGUUGUCUCAUUGGCCAUUUGAAACUUUGUCACUACAGAAACUGGUACCAAAUGUGUUUACUUCUGUAAGGCCAUUAUAUGAUAUGUUAUAUUUAUCUGAAGUUACCAGGCAAUGUUUGAGAUACACCACAUGUUUGGCUCAUACCUUCCUUGAAUGUGUGAAAAAUAAAACUCCAACAAAACUCCGAUAUCUGGAUAUGUCAGGAUUUCCUACUCCGGAGGUAAUCCUGUACUAUCUGGCUACACAUUGUAUGUUGUCAUAUAAUGAAGCUCGUCAAAAUGUGAUGGUCAACAUGUAUAAUAAAGCUGUACAGUUAUUGCCACAGCCUGUGCCAGAUCGUUUAAUGAUGGCCGAUCAGUUCCUGCCUGACACUUCAAUUCUAGUAAAACUUGAUGCCUUUGUUGCUGCAGACCAGACACUGACAGAACUAAGUAAAGCCUUGAAGGUAUCAGGAUUUACUGACAGUAAACUGUGUAUGUGUUUACAGAAACUUGAUGCUACAUGUUUGGGGGAACCUAAGCUUAACAUACUUCUUGGACAGAUAAAUCCACAGUAUUUGACAGGAAUUAGAUUGAAGUACAACUCUAUUAACUGUGAGAGUUUUUGUAACCUGGCCCCUACACUAGAGAAGUUUACAAACUUAUGUGCCUUAGACCUUUCGUGUAACAGUAUAACAGUGUACCAGAGUGACUCAACAACAGAGGUCCUUGGUAAAACACUGUCCUCCUUACCAAAUCUAAGCAGACUGGAUCUUAGUAGUAACAGACUGAAGUACAAGCUACGACAGCUAAUCAGUGGUACACAGCAGCCGUUACAACAUCUUCGUCUGGCAGGAUGUGGUCUGACAGAAUCAGAUAUCAGAUACCUAUCAACAUCACACCAUACCAAAGCCUUACAACACAUUGAUUUAAGUGGAAACACACUGACAUUAUGUUGUGGAAGUUUAGGACAUCUAUUAGAAGAAGUUAAGUCUACCUUACUAGUGCUUGAGUUAGAGGACAGUAAACUAGAUGAUGGUGGUAUUCUUCGCCUGUUGCCCUACAUUUCCUUGUUACAUUCCAUUCUGUAUCUGAAUCUGUCCCAGAAUUCCUUAGUUUCUUCAGUUUGUUUACAGCUGAGUGUAACAUUAUCGACAUUGGUAGAUCUGAAGGCUAUGAAGAUAUCAUACUGCUCAGACUUUUAUGGAACAGAAGAUGAAGAAGAAUUUAAUCGAGUCAAACAAAUGUUUGUCAACCAAUUUUUAGUGGUUCUGAACAAAUUAUCUGAAACACAUCUGGUCAUGUCUGAUCUUGAAAGCAUUUGAUAAUUUAUAAUAAUCAUGAUUGUACCUUUUCAUGAUGUAUAUAAAACCAUGAUUGUACUGUUUUAUAAUUUAUAAUGAUCAUGAUUGUACCGUUUAACAAUUUAUAAUGAUCAUGACUGUAUAAACUGUUUAAUAAUUAGAAUGAUGUAUAAGAAUAUGUAAAUAUUAUGUUCAUUGCAGAAAUUAUAGAUAGAAAUAUAGACUAAAAUUAUAAAGUUA